CACUUCAGAAAGGACAUUGAGGUGCUGGAGUAUGGCCGGCAAAGGGCAACAAGGCUCUUGAAGGGUCUGGAAAACACAUCUUGCGAGCAAUGGCUGAGGAGCUGGGGUUGCUCAGCCUGGAGGAGAGCCCAUUGCUCUCUAAGAGGCUGCAGGAGGGAGGUGGGGCCGGUCUUCUCUGGCGUGUCUGCGGUGACAGGACCAGAGGAAAUGGCCUUAGAGACACCGGAGAUUCAGAUUAGACAGAAAAAAGUUGUCAUUGCUAUGGUGGUGAGGCAUUGGAAUAGGCUGUCCAGGGAGGUCACCGUCCCUGAAGGUGCUCUGGACAUGGUGCUGGUGCUGAGCGGGCGAUCACAUUAAGUCAUCUUAAAGGCCUCUUCCAGCCUUGAUGAUUCGGUGAUUCGGUAAUUCUAUAACUGCAAUUCUACGAUUCUGUAAUUCUGCGAUUCCGUAAUUCCGCGACUCCGUGACCCGGCGUGACCCGGCGGGCGCGGCCGUGAGGCGACCCGGGGCGGGGCGGAGCGUGCGGCGGGGGGGCGGAGCCUGGGCCGCAGCGAGGGGCGGGGCGGGGCCUCACGGCGCUGAUUGACAGACGGGGCGGGGCGGGGCCACGGCGGGGCGGAGCUGCCAGGCCGAUCCGGAGCGCCGGGGCCGUGGAGGGCGGGGGAGACACCGGGUACGGAGCCGCCGCCACCGCCGCUCCCCGGCGCCAGGCAGAGGCCAGGCCCUGUUUGCUUGGACAGUUGCAGAAGUUGGUGGCAGACAUUGAAUCUCCGACCUCUGGAGAGACUGACCACGUGUGUAUUUUCGGAUGUGCCCUCAUCUGUGAGCAGGGAAACCUGGGAAGAUAAGAAGAGGAAGCUGAAGCCCAGUUCCUGAGAUACUGUGAUGAAGUUUUGGCCUGGUUCCAGGAUGUGAAUGCAGUAGAUGGUGCUGAAGCAACACUGAGGCUCCUCCUGGGAAAUAUCCACAGUCCAGUGUGUAGAGAGAAAGUGCUUGCUGGCUCUCCCAGGUGUUGACGGUCCUGUAUCUUCAAGAGAUGCAUUCCAGGACAAGAAAACACUGACUGUCCUCUAAGGAAGGUGGUCUGGGUGCUGAAUAAUGGCAGUGUCAUCAUCUCUCAGUUCAUGAAAGUGCCCCUCUCUUGGAACUGGGGGGAUUUAACAAGCAAUAGAUACUUUAUAUCUCCUUAAGGAAAGUAACAUUUGGUUUUGUGAAUAACCAAGAUCCCUGUCUACUACUUCUGAAAAUUCUGCUGGUAGCAUGAUGGAAUUGGUGGGAUACAGUAGUGUCACUUUCUGGAGCUGUCUUGAGUAUAAACUUACCUAAGUUGUAAAAAUGGGAAGAAUUUUUUUGGAUCAUAUUGGUGGCACUCGCCUGUUCUCCUGUGCAAACUGCGACACAAUCCUGACCAACCGCUCUGAGCUCAUCUCCACUCGCUUCACAGGGGCCACAGGAAGGGCCUUUCUUUUUAACAAGGUGGUGAACCUGCAGUACAGCGAAGUUCAGGACCGGGUCAUGCUCACUGGCCGCCACAUGGUCCGGGACGUGAGCUGCAAGAACUGCAACAGCAAACUGGGCUGGAUCUAUGAGUUUGCCACCGAGGACAGCCAGCGCUACAAGGAGGGCCGCGUCAUCCUGGAGAGAGCCUUGGUGCGGGAGAGCGAGGGCUUCGAGGAGCACGUCCCGUCCGACAAUUCCUGAAGAGCCGCCGCUCUCCGCGCCGGUUCUCUUCCAUUGAAACUCAAAUGUAAUAAAAUCAACAAAAAAUCUGCUUACAUACACUGUCACCUUAGCAUCAGAGUCGGAUUCAUGGACUACAAAGUGGGAAAGAUUGUGAGAAUAUUUCAGAUGGAACCUUCCUUUCUUUAUUCCUUUUAUAUUUUACUUUCCCUCCAGCAGCUGUUUGUAGAAAGAAUGUUGUGCAGAUGCUGUAACUUUUUCUCUCUUUUAUUUACAUCUGUUAGAUUUGAGAUUGUAUCUUCAGGUACAGUGGGCUAAAAGGAAAAUAUUUGCAGGAUUUAUCUUUUGUUGGAGAGAAAUUCAGUGAGGUUUUUUUUUUUUUAGUUUGCACAAACAUGUCAGCAUCAAGUUAUUUUAGAACUACAGAUUUUUUUAAAAAAGUAUAUUCCAACUUUUGGCUGAAGUUUUUAGUUAGAUUUUUGGUUUUUUGGGCUUUUUUUAACCCAGCCUUUUCACCUGGUUUGCUAGCUAAAGUGAAGAGAUCCGAAUUUGUGCUGAGUGCUAAAGGUUCAGUGUUGGUACAGCUUGGGCUGGCCCAUGUGCCAUAUUCUUGUUGAGGUUGAUUGGUAGCACAGAGCCCAUUAUUUCUUGUCAUUCUUGACCCAAAGAUGUCACCAUUCCUUGUUUAUUCAUGAAGUCCCACUCACCGUGUAAACUGGUGUUGAUUGGAAACUAUCCUUGAAAUAGGGCAAAACUGCUUGGCUUUUUUAAACUUUAACAGAUGUAACUUAUGAGCAUAGUAAUAAUAUAAAGUAAUAGCUGUCUGUUUAGUCUUGCAUUGCUUACAAAGCCAGCUGUGUUUGUAAUGAUAGGGAUCCACUGAGAAACUACAGUCUCUGUAGUCAUUUUUUUUUCAUUUCUCUAUUAAUCUCAUUAAGUUAGACAGGGAAUUGCAAAUCUUAAUUCUUCUUCAAGUAGCUUUCUUUAAACCCAGAACUUCCUAUGUUAAACACAGCUGCUGUGUAAAAGGACAAGAUUGCCAGCAUGUUUGUUCAUGCAUAGAGUUAUGCAAUCUGCAUCUCUUGAAAAAAUUAACUUAAACAGCUUGUUUUCAAAUGCUGCUUCUGGUGUUGAAACCUUUGUCUUUCAACUUUGUUGAACCUUUUCAUUGUGAUGUUACGUUUUUAUCUUUCUGGGCAGCAGUACAUGUCAGCCUAGUAGUAACUAGUGACUUGGAUUCCUGCUUUGUUCUUGUAGAGGUCAGCUCUGUUUAAAACAGUGAUCUUGCUUGCCUUUUUUAGCUAAAAUGCUCUUCAUUAACUUAACUCAAGGGUGCCCAAACACUUUCAUUGUGUCUUAAGCCAUAAGUUAGGAUCUCAAGGGCUGAAAUUUCUUUGAAUGUUAGAUAUGUAUGAUUUCUUACCUAAGAUAUGAGUUGGUUGUGGUUUUUUUUUCUUGGAUAAAUUGUGGUCCAUGUGAAAUAAGUUACCCACAGAUGUAGGACGAGGUGGGGGGGGGGAACCCCACCCAGCCAAACAGAUCUGGCUUCUGACCUUUCAGAAUAACUUUUCUUCUCUAGCCACAGCUCCAUAUCUGAAACUAAGAUGUGGAGGGUGACUAUGCAGAGUAUUUUUCUUAAUUUUUUUGGGUUGCCAAGUGGCAAGUUGGACACCCCUGACUUGAAUCUACUGCCUCUUUCAUGUAAAGGUAGCUUUGUUCUAGAAAUGUCACAUAGAAAGAAAACAGAGAUCACAUACCAGAGCUGUGCUUGAAUCAAGCUGCUUAAACAAUAGUGUACUUGUGCCUCAAAUGAAUCAGUUUUUGCACUGAGUACAGUAGUACCCCAUUAUCUUGUACUUCUGUCUUUCACAGACCCCAGCCUGGAAGCGCCAUUAGCAUGGUUCUCUGCAGUACCUUUCUUGUACUUCUGACAUUACAGUACAAUAAAGUAUGUUUUGUCCUGAACUGA